AUAUCAUAUCAAUUCUUAUUGGUUAUAAUUUUUAUAAUAUAAUAUCGGGGUAUUAACUUAGAAAAUUAAUCUCAAUUAUAUGAUAAAAGAUAUCAGAUUUUCAUCACUAAUAUUAUUAUGAACUAGCAAAAUUCAGAUGCAGAAUUGAGAUUUAUCAACUCUGUAGCUUCAUCCCCCCAUACUCACAAACUUGCUAAAUAGAUAUAUCCUUUAGAUUACACAUACAGUUAACAAGAAUAUGAAUCAACUCCUAUUGUAUUAAGAUUAAUAAACUAGCCAUCUAACGACCUAAUAGUUCUAACUAAGAAGAAAAUUAGAAAAUAAUUGCCAUCAAAUUAAUUAUGCAAUAGUGGACAUUGGACUCCUGAAGAACAUUAGACCUAUGUAGAAUUUCUUCAAAACCAUCUAACAUAAUCACUGAGCUGUAGUUAAGAUAAUAAGAAAAACAAUAAAAUCUUUAAGCUUAUGUCUUAAACGAUUGGAACUAGAUCACCAUCGUAAUGUAGGUAACUUUUAAGUAUAAACUAGGUCUCAUCAUUAAAAAUUUAAUCCUAAUACCCCAGCAGGUCAGAAAAGAAUGAAAAAAACCAAUAAAAAAAUAAGUAAGCAUAAACUUUAUCUCUAGAUGCUAAUUUUCAGAUUAAACUACCAAUCACAAAUUCGAUUAAGCAAUUCUAUACUCCUGACCUUAAACCUAAUUUAGGUUUACAUUAUGAUUUAUUUUAGAGCCUAUGUCUAACUUUUUAGAAUGUCAUGAUUCAUAAGAUAUCCAAUAGGAGGAAUCUUUCAAAAUUAGAAUUCGAAAGUAUUCAUAUAGCAAUUUUGAUGAUAAUUAAAAUAUUUGUAAUUCUCAUUACAAUCUCCUUUUGGAAUGAGCUUUAUAAUCAAAAAUUUAAAAUUCUUAAUGUUAAUUAUACUCAAAGAUUUUUUUUGGUUUUUUCAGUUAAAAUAAUUAAUAAUGAUUUAUUAGCUUUAUUGUAAUAAGAUAACAAGAGAAUAAAUUUAGUAAUAUUACUUUGUCCUUUUAAACUUCAAUUUUAAAUUAGAAAUAUUCCCUAGUUCAUUUCAAUUUAUGUAAGGGUCUGA